AGCAGUCACAUUCGAUAGCCAUAUGGUGCACUUGAUGUGUCAAAACAUCGAAUGCGAAAGCACACACGAUAUCAUGCAUCUUAUGUACUACUAAUAAUGGAUAGCUUCGGCAUUUUAUUACUUAUUUAAUAUCAGUAUAAUUCUUGUGCUCUUUCUCUCUCUCUCUCUCUCUCUCUCUAUAUACAUAUAUUUAUAUCUAAGUCUUUCCUAACCGGCAAUGGGCAAGAGAUAUUAUUGCGACUAUUGUGACAGAUCCUUUAAAGACGACGUCGAAGCUCGUAAGAAGCAUUUGUCCAGUCUACAGCACAUGAAAAAUCGAGCAAAUCAUUACAGCAUCUUCAAAGAUGCACUCUGGAAAAGAGGAUGCAAGAUCAUCACUGGACAGGAAAGCCAGCAUUUUCUAUCAUUUUCUAUUCAUUAUUUUGACCACAAAGAUCCAGAGACAAUACUGAAGGAGGAAUACAAAAAAACUCCGUGUAAACGCCACAUGAGUUUCGGGGACUGCGCUUUCGGUUUUGGUUGUCGAUUUUCGCAUUACACACCAUAUAUGAUAUGGACACUGGAACGACUCGUCGCAACGAAGAAUUCCAAAGAGUCGCUACCGCCCAAGGGUGGUUGGCCGAAUCCAGAAGAUAUCAUCAAAGAAUACUUCAAGAACGUGACUGACUCGAGCGACAUCGAGGAGUUUAAUUACCCGGUUUGGAAUAUAUCGUCGCAAUUGGUCGAUUAUCCCAACUUGCCGCCGUCUCUGUGGCCCAGUACGCCCGAAAAUGCGGUAAACAGCAGUUUAAGCAAAUGGGGUUGAGCGAGUGAUGGCGAAUGAUGUGACGUAAAUAACUCAUUUCUACAAAUAAUUACAUUUCGUUGUGCAGUA